UUUGGCACGUCACUGCCAUAUUUGAAUGAUUUCGUCUAAUGUAUCCCUUGCAGCUUGUGGAUCGCGCGGACCACACGUUGCGACCUUGGCUUCAUGUUCGGCUUAAAGGAGGAGUAACCCUCCUGGACACCGCUUGGAAAACACCGUUUGGAUUUUAAUGAGCUACAGCUUCGGGGGUUGUUUUAAUGUGGGAUCAUAUUGUCGUCUUUGUUAUUACAGCAGCAGGAGGAGGGAGGGACUGUGCCAUGGAAAGGCAUGGAUGACAGGUUAUGUGUGCCCCCCAGCUAAAGGCCUCAGUUGCCCUUACCUGUGCAUCCAUUCAAUCCCUCUGUGAGCAUGUAUCGCAGGAACGGGCUGUCGGAUGGUACUAGCAUCAAUUCAGUCACCUCAGAGGCCAGCAGCAGCUCUGACUCUCUGCAAGGACCUUAUGUGAACUACGCCAAGAGCUACGAUGCGGUCGUCUUUGAUGUGCUUAAGGUGACACCUGAGGAGUUUGCUAGUCAAAUCACCCUGAUGGAUGCACCAGUGUUUAAAGCCAUACAACCAGAGGAGCUGGCUAGUUGUGGAUGGAGUGGGAAGGAGAAACACAGUUUAGCCCCCAAUGUGGUUGCAUUCACACGUCGGUUCAACCAGGUGAGCUUUUGGCUGGUGAGGGAAAUCUUAACUGCCCAGACGCUGAAAAUCCGAGCAGAGAUACUGAGUCACUUUGUCAAGAUAGCAAAGAAACUGUUGGAGUUGAACAAUCUCCAUUCUCUGGUGUCCGUGGUUUCUGCUCUGCAGAGUGCGCCGAUCUUCAGACUCAGCAAAACCUGGGCGCUGAUCAGUCGGAAAGACAAGGCCACGUUUGAGAAGCUAAACUACCUGACAUCCAAGGAAGAGAAUUACACCCGCAUGAGGGAAUAUAUUCGCUCCCUGAAGAUGGUGCCCUGUAUUCCUUACCUUGACGCCGCACAGCUGCUAAUUUUUUUGCGGGGAGUGGACGAGAGCACGAGCACUUUAGGGAUCUACCUGUUGGACAUUAUCUACAUUGACUCGGCUUAUCCUGCAUCAGACAGCAUCAUAGAGACAGAGCAGAGGACAAAUCAGAUGAACAAUCUUCUGAGAGUUAUUUCAGACCUGCAGAUGUCAUGUAACUAUGAUCACUUGGUGACCCUGCCGCAUGUUCAGAAGUAUCUGUUGUCAGUUCGCUACAUAGAGGAACUCCAGAAGUUUGUAGAGGACGAUAACUUCAAGCUCUCUCUAAAGAUUGAACCUGGCAACAGUUCCCCUCGCAUUGCUUCUUCUAAAGAAGACCUGGCAGGUCUGUGUGAGGUAUCAGCCUCUAUGAGGUAUAACCGACGACCUACUUGCCCUGAUGCGUCUGUGGGGGUUCAUAUUCCCACCCCUCCUCCCUCUCACCACAGGAAGAGUCACAGUCUGGGAAACAACGUGAUGUGUCAGUAUGGCAUGUCAGAAAGCAGGAGUGCCACAUUUCCUAUAGAGAAAACACGACACCUGCUGGAUGACAGCUUCUUAGAAUCGCAGAGCCCAGUCAGAAAUGAUCCGCACAGUACAUCUGUGUCCAAUGGCCUGUCAUUAGGCAGUAGUGAAAGUUCGUUUUGGGAGGAGCUAUCACCUGCAGUGGAGAGGGGCCGCAUGUAUGCAACACUGGGCCCGAACUGGAGGGUCCCUCUUCGCAACUCUCCCCGGAGCCGAAGCUAUGUUUACAGCUACUCUGCUACCAACUCCUGCUAUGGAUGCAGUGAAGCUGGUAGUGUGACCAUUGAAGGACCACUGCGAAGGAAAACACUGCUGAAGGAGGGACGAAAGCCCAAGUUGUCCUCGUGGACCAGAUUUUGGAUCAUUUUGUCUGGAUCAACACUGACGUUCUAUGGAGCGAAAGCACUGAGGGACUCUGAGAGGAAGCAUUACAAGUCAAGGCCUUGUAAAAAAGUUUGUGUGACUGGCUGGAUGGUGGUACUGCCAGAUGACCCAGCCCGACCCAACAUCUUCCAGCUCAGUGACCCAGAAAAAGGCAAUGUUUACAAGUUCCAGACAGGGUCCAGGUUUUCAGCAAUCAUCUGGCACAAAAACCUAGAGGAGGCUUGUAGAAAAAGUAGACCUCAGAUACCUGCAAACCUUAUGUCAUUUGAAUGAGAGCAGCCUUUAUUGAGCAGGAUAUUAUCGUGCCAAACUGUUGUUUGAGAAUUACAGACUGAAUAAGGAAUUUGAUAAUGCUGACAUCAGCAUUAGAGUCAAGAAGCAUAUGACACUGUCGAAGAAGCUCUGUGAUGCUGGAUGUGUGACUGUCGUGCCAGUGCACCUGCUUUGAUCUUCUCCAGAACAAGUCUUAUAUGAUCUCUAUAAAAAUCCAAUCAAUGGAAGACUUUUGUGGGGUUGGAUUCGUUCCCUAAGUUUCCAUGUUCUCUGUUAUUUGUUACGCUGCUAUAAUGUGUGCAUGAACACGUUGGUUUUUGGCCCAUGUUGGGCUUAUAAUUGGGUGAAAAGAUGCAUCAGUGUAUAAAUGUGGAUGACAGUGUUAGAUGACUGUUAGAUUUAGUUUACUCUGAAUGUCAUCGUCAUAAGGAAGUGGAAGGUGGGAAGUGCACAUCCCCACUCAUAAACUUUUAUUCACCAGAAAAAGUGUGACAUCAUCUCAAGGCCUCGUUAUUUUAAUGAAGGAUCAGUACUGUAGCAAAAAAGACAGAAGCUGAGUCUUCAUUACCUUCAGCCCUGUGACUUACAGUUUGACUGAAUCUAAUCCAGAAUAGAAGAUUUGUACAUACAAACGCAGGAAUUAACCUUAAAGGUUGUUUUAUGAUUAAGAUGCGAUGCUCUUGUGGGGAUGAAGCCCUGGAUCUGUGUUUACCCCUGCUACCUCAGUUGGUAGUCCUUGUGUAAAAUGUGCUUGCAAAUGUAUGUAACAAGAUUUACAAACAAUUAAUAUUUUCUACAGAACAAAUUAAAAAUAGUAAGAUACCAUGGAAACAAUACUGAACAAAGAGGUGAUUCCAGUUAAUAAGCAGAAGACAGCCAGCUGUUGUCUACACCAGUAUGCUGAGGCAGCUAGCUGAGUAAAAUUAAAGUGAAUUCCAAUGAAAUACCAAGUUUUCAUUAAUCAAAUGUGUGUAAAUACUGUAUUUAUGUAUAAAAAGAGUUUAUUUUUGACAAUUGGCUAUAGAAGGGAAAAGGAUAUGAUGGAUUGUUGUUGAUUCACCAGCUGCUGUGGGAUUCUGCUCUUCAGAGACACUGUUGGUAAGCCCACCGUAAAACUUGGAUGGACUCCUGUUCUCCAACUGAAGGACAUCAGGAUAAAACUCCAUUAGCAAUGGCAUUAAUUAAUGAUCUGCAUCAAAAUCAAAAUAUUAUGUUGAUUUUAAAUACUAAUUCUGUUUUAUUGGAUGGGACUUAUUUUUUUGUAAGUUUUACCAAUAACUGAGUCAGUGAUCAGAGGUGGCAAAAGUACAGCCGUGUGACAGUCAGCGAAGCUGGCCAGCUAGCUGGCUGGCUUAAAUGGGUUUUCAAGUGAGAAGAACCAUUUACUUUACUUAGGUAGAUGUACAAAUACUUUUUAGUAAAAAAUACUCCAGUAAAAGUUAAAGUACUGAUUCAACUUCUUUACUCAAGUGAAAAAGUACAGGCUCCUGAAGAUAUAUCCAAAGUAAGAAAAGUAGGUCUUUGAAGGACCUUUCCAACCACGAUUGUUUUGUGCAAAGCUAACUGAACCUCUUUCUACAGUGAUAUAAUAACAGUGGUAUAUGGGAAUACCAACUUUUUUGACUUUGGAUCCACACCUAAACAGAAAAAUUAGUACAGUCAGGAGUUAACUUGAAAUUUAGCAGGUGGCGGAACGAUAAGAUCAGUUGCAGUGACUCAACAUGGGGAAAAGAGUUACAACUCAAUAAUUUCUAUUGUAAGCUAUAGUAGAUUUUCUUUGUGUACAUGCUGUUAUCAGCUAACCUGUGUUGAGCUGCUUUGAGGUUUAUUGCUGUUUGUGGAUUUGCACAACUGAAUUCAACAACAUGUAACCCAAGUUUUCAUGAGUUAUCUUGGCUUUCCGUCCCUUACACAUACAGUAUGCUGUUUAUAUUGUCUUUACUGAGUGAGUUUAAGCAUUGUCAGCUUAAAUGCAAAUUCAUCUCUGCUACACUUGCUGUAACCUAACACUGACCAUGAACACCACAGCCAGUGUUCCCCUGUGAAAAACAGUGUUUCAUCAAAGUACAACAAGCUAACCUGUUUAUCCUGCAUUAAACUGCCAAGUAUUUCAAUAACACAAAAUUAGUAUACCUAGUUUGUUUUGCAGGACAUUUCGCAAUAUGAAAAACAUAACUUCAUAUAAUAUACAGGUACAAUUUAAAUUAAAAUGAGGACAUACAUUAGCUUUAAAUUCCCAGUUUAUCAAAUGUCACUGAGUAGUCCUCUUCUUUAAAUAAAUAAAUCCUGUUUAAAUCCUGUCUGUCUUACAUCUGUGUUCAUCUUUGAGUGACGUUUUUGUUCUCCCUGCUAAAUACAGCUACUGAGCCAUUUGCACACAGACUCACUGUGUAACAAACUGCACACAAACAGUUUGUGUGCAACAUCGCAUUUUAAAUCACCUGCCUGUUGUUUUUUUUGUUUUUUUAAGAUAUACAUUUGGCAUACUUUUUUUUUCCUCUUUCAUCCCUUUGUAUGUGAUAAGCAACGAUGAUUGAUAUCCCAAUAGAAUUGUUGAUUGAUUGCUUGAUGUGCGAAGGGGUGUAGUGAUGUAAAAUAAUAUCUUACCUCAAAUGCGUUACCUCAAAAGUAACAAAGUACGGAUAUUUGUGUUAAAUAUUUGUAGAGAGUAUAAGUAAAAAGUUGUCAGAAAAAUACUCAAGUAGAGUGCAGAUACCUGAAAAUUAUUCUUUAGUGCAAUUCUUUCACUUCUGUUAGUAAUAUGGGAAUGAAAGAGUUAAAAGAGUUUACCUUUCUUUAUGUCUGCUUAACCAGUGAGCCAAAUGAAGUUAUGUCAAACUUCUUCAUUAUCAGUUUAUUAAAGUCUCCUGUGGUUAUAAGUUCAGCAUUAUAGUCCAUAAAGUGAUAUGGCAGGUAAAAGACUCCAAGUCAGUUUGCUUGGAAAUGUCUCUGACCUUAUCCAAGCAACAACACCCUAAUCCUAACAAGAAAGCAUCAUUAGGAUUUGGCUAAACUAGAUUAUAUCAUGUGCAUGCUGCUGUAGCUCAGGAGGUAGAGCAGGUCACCUACUGAUCAGAAGGCUGGUGGUUCGAUCCACCAACCCUCCUCCAGUCUGCAUGUCAAGUAUCCUUGGGCUAGAGCAGGGGUGGGCAAUCUCAGUCCACGAGGGCCGGUGUCCCUGCAGGUUUUAGAUGUGUCCUCGAACCAACACAGCUGAUUUAAAUGGCUAAAUUAGCUCCUCAACGUGUCCUGAAGUUCUCCAGAGGACUGGUAACGAACUAAUCAUGUGAUUCAGGUGUGUUGACCCAAGGUGAGAUCUAAAACCCGGCCCUCGUGGACUGAGAUUGCCCACCCCUGGGCUAGAUACUAACCCCAAGUUGCUCUCCAGUGCAUCCAUUGGAGUAUGCAUGUGUGUGAAUGUAGUUAGAAAGCACUAAGUAUAGAGAAAGUGCUUGUGAGACUGGGUGAAUGUGGCAUGUUGUAUACAGCGCUUUGAGUACUCCAGGACAGUAAAAAAAAAAGUGCUAUAUAAGAAUCAGUUCAUUUACCAUUUGCAUGUGCAACUACAUUAGAAGGUGAAAUUAUUGGUAUGACCAGAAUGACAACACUAGAAAACAGAGUGAAAAGUCAUCAUAGAGAGAGAGAUCGAUCAGCCAUGAUAUAUUUUUAAAAAGGGAUAACACCUUUUUAAGCCAUCUCUUCUAGAAAAAAUGAAUAAUACAUAAAUAAGAACAGAAGUAAUUUAGUAACAAAAAAUCCAUAUGGUAUGAAAAUCUGAACGCUGGAAUCAUCCUAUUGGCAUCCGUUUGUCUCGUGAGACAAUGGUGUAGUGCUAUGGGUUGGAUGUGGACAUCCUAGAGUGGCUGUGGAGUCCCAAUCUGGAGGGACAGUCUCUUGUACACUGGCUGCAAACAAAGGUGAAGGUGAAAGAUGGCGCUGUAGCAGUGUAUGAGCUUGCUGUCCUCUUGGGUCUCCUGUCAGCCAGCUUGGUAUUUCUGGUGCUCUCUACCCUCUCAACUCCCUCCUUGAUAGUACUAUAGCUCUUCAGGCCUCUCGAUAAUCUGCUAGCUUUCCCAGGUAGGUGUAGGUUGAUAUCUGUGAGCUUCAUGUCACAUUUGCAGACACCUUUGAAGCGGAGUUUGGAUUGGCCGACAGGGUGUGAGUCUUCGCACCGUACAUUCAGUGUCAACGUACAUUCACCGUACAGAUUGUCCUUGGAGAUGCGACCCGCGUGUGUAGAACAUGGCCCAACCAUCUGAGUUGUGUCUAAUUGAGCAGUGCAGGAAGACUUACUACUGACUUGCUGUACUACUUUGGUGUUUGGUACUGUGUCCUGCCACUCGAUGCACAGAACACAUCUAAGACAAAGAAGGUGAAAGGUGUUCAGCCUUCUCUUCUGGUUGGCAUAUAUGGUCCAGUACUCACUGCCGGAGAGUAGUGUGUCAAGUACACAAGCUUGAUAGAUGAUCUGAUAUCGUGCCUGGUGUUCUCAGUCAGCUCGCCACUGAGCAAAGUCUUGGGGCGUAGACACUCAGAAGGUUAAUGGUGCCUGAUGAUGCUGUAACACAGAGAGUGAGGAUUCGCUCUGUUCCACCGGUUUGUGUUUCAAUGGCUGCAGUAAGCUAGAUUUCCACAGCAAAGUUGAAACCAUGCUCUCUGGGGUCAUCCUGUGACAGACCCUGGCAGAAGAAGGUCUAAUUGGACUCUCUGAUUUUCAGCUAAGCAUGUCUCCUGUAAGCAAGCCAUGUAAGCGUUUAGUCUUGCAGAUGCUUGUCAAUGAUAAUAGUUUUGCAAGCAUUAUUGAUCUGCUGGAGAUUGUUGGUGAGUCCAGGCCACAUGGUCUGCACUUUCCUGCUUGUGAAGAGCUGAAGUUUUCACAUUCUUAAUUCUAUUGGUUUUUCCUAGUGCAACAUUACAGCUUCCUUGUCAUGGUCAAUGACCUCUAAGCCUAACGCACCCAGGGGAGCAGGCAAGCUGUGGCGAGACAAUACCUAGCUUGUGGCAGGUGGCAGCUGUCCAGUGAGAAACAAUGGUCUCUCCCACCAUCGGAAAUGGUCCCAUGCACUCCUUUCCUAUGCCAAUCAGACUAAGCUUUUUACUGAUAACUGCCACUUCCCCCUUGUUGUGCCAUUGUCGCAAGACAACGGUGCCCGGGAGUGUGCUCUCCAGGGCACUAUGAGCCUGAGUGGGAUAUAUGGAGACCUUGAGCUGCCUUGACGUCAAGGUCCUUCCCUUGGCAUUGCCAUUGGCAGGAUCAAUGGGAAAUGUUAGACGAAUACAGUUUAGUACCAUCAGUUGCUGCCAUCAGUUGCUGGAGAGUGACAGUGAAUAGACAUAGGCAAAACAUACUUUCCAUGAAUUGAAUUAUACACACCCUGUUUGUAUCAUCAUCAGUUGGGUUUGUUUGUUUUUGGGUGGUUUUUAUUUUUAGCCAUUUGAAGUUGCUGAAUGUUGUUGAAUUUUUGUUGCAUCUAAUUGCCACUUCCUUUGUGGGCAUAGCUAUCCCCCACCUGCCAAAUCUUUAACUCCUAAUUUUAUAGUGAAUAAUUUGGCAUUUGCUUCGGUUGACACUGACAUAGUCACAACUUCAGCUUAUUGGAGAUACUUCUGUAUUCGAGUAACUGUAUGCAAAAAAUAAAAGAAGGAAAUAAUACAAAAAUGUCAUUGAUAUGGUUUGCGAUAAUUUGGAAACACUAUGAAGCUUAAAAUCCAUGUUAGUUCUAUAGUUUUGUCAGUCCAUUUUGAUUGGCCCAUGAAUAGGCAGUACAUUGUGUAGACAUCAGAAUGAAUUGUAGCAUUUUUUGGCACAUGAAGAACAGUCUCCCUGCCCACUUCAAUAUACAACCUUUCCACUAAAACCAAAGACCUUAUAUGCUGGUUACAUAUAUUGUAAGGUGGAUGUAGCUUCUUGGUCUGAUAAAGGCAGUCAGUGCAGACGUGCCUUAAACAUGCAUUUUUCUAAUGGUCAGAAGUGGGCAGUGACUCAUUUUUCAAAAAGCCCUGCAAUUGUAUUGAAGACCAUGGGAAAACAGCUCUUGGCUUCAGCAUGUUUAUUUUGAAAAUUGUGUUCCAGUGAGUGUUAGGAAUUAAGAUAAACCAGAGUAUGCUCAUUGACUAACUAUUAUAAAUUACAGUUUGUACUGUACCUCUGUUUCACAAUCAGAUCUACCCCACAAGCAUGACAUACCAGUUUCCAAAAGCUAUACUGGUAAAGGUGAAAAUACCUGGAGCUUCAAAGCAUGUCUUAACCAAUGGGUGAUGCCAAGGUGGUUGUGUCCAUCUUUGUAUAUACAGUCCGUUGCUAGUUAUAUCCUGAUAUUCGCUAUACUUAUGUAAACUUUAUAUAUUUAUAUAUUUCUUCUUUUUUUUAAAGAAACACUAAUUUAAAGGAGUACCAAGAAAGCACUUCAGAACUUAAUGAGAAAAACAUUAUGAUGGAUAUCUAUACUGAGAUGGACUGGGUAAUUGUUAGGAAUGAAAUAAAAUGAUCCGGCAGGCUAGUCUAUUUCACCAAAAUUUCAUUGCAGCAACUCAAAAUGGCAGUCAGUAGUUUGCAUGGCCCAUGUGCUUCUAUGCAUGCCUGAAAACAUCAUGUCAUGCUCCUCAUGAGAUAGCACAAAGUGUCCUGGAAGAUCUCAUCCCAGAUCUGGACCAGGGCAUCACUGAGCUCCUGGGCAGUCUGAGAUGCAACCUAACAGCGUUGGAUGGACUGAAACAUAAGGUCCCAGAGGUGUUCUAUUAACUUUAGGUCAGCCAAACAUGGGGGCAAGUCAGUGGUAUCAGUUCCUUCAUCCUUCAGGAACUGCCAGCAUAUUCUCGCCAGACGUGCUGUGAACCAGGAGGAAGCCGGGACUCACUGCACCUGUGUAGCGUCUGACAAUAGGUCCAAGGAUUUCAUCCCGAUACCUAAUAGCAGUCAGAAUGCCAUUGUAUAGCCUGUGGAGGUCUACGCGCUACACCAUAAAUAUGCCUUCCCAGACCAUCACCGACCCACAACCAAAACCAGUUAGGUUGAGUAAUGUUACAGGCAGUAUAAAGUUCUCCAUGGCUUCUCCAGGCCCUUUCACAUCUCUCAUAUGUGUUCAGGGUGAACAUGCUCUCAUCUGUAAAAAGCACAGGGCACCAAUGCUAAUCAAACUCCACGGUGCCAGGCAGUGAGCACAGGGCCAACUAGAACACACUAGACCUGGGCCACCAUUGUGAAGUCUGUUUCUGAUUGAUUGGUCAGAGAAAUUCACACCAGUGGCCUGCUGGAGGUCAUUUUAUAGGGCUCUGGCAGUGCUCAUCCUGCUCCUCCAUGCACAAAGGAUACCCAUCAGCAGGAUUGGCCCUCUAUGGCCC